CUGAGCGCGACUGACACUGUAUCGGGCUUCGUGAGGCGCUCACACAAAUUCGGCAAUUCAUUCGUCUGUUAACCGUCUGCGGCGUUGCCACGUCGUUGUCGUUGUCGAAUUGACGUUCUCAUUCGCAAUCGUAUGUUGAGAGGAAUUGGGCGCGCGACAGCGGCAGCAGCAUCAGCAGCAUCAUUAGCAGCAGCAACAGCAAACAUCAUCAGCAACAGCAACAACAAGAACUACAGCAACUACAACAACAACGAGAAUAGGAGCAACGGAGGAAAUUAAUGCAUAUUGUUUGCAGAGAUUACAAGCACAUUGAUUGCUCACAACGUUUUUAUGGCACAAACAGCAAAAGCAUCGAAAUAUUUUCAGUUAGUGGAAUAUAAAUGUGAAAACCACUUGCACGAACUAUACUAAAAAUAAGUUAAAGACAUGAACUGGUAAAAAUAAAACUAAGAGAAUACUGAACAGCAGCAGAAGUUGACGCGGUCUUCGCAGUAGCCGCAAAAAAUGAACAAAAUUAAAACGCAGCCGCUUGAAGCAAGUAAAAAACCCAAUCAACGGCCAAAGGCAACAACAACAACUACAACUACAACAACAAAUAUAGAAAAAAAAAAAACAGAAGCCGCAUAGGAAAUACGUAGUCGUAGCUAAAACGACAACAAGUCCAGCAGAAAGAGCAGCGACAGCGGCAGCGGCAGCGACGUUGCCUCCAUAAUAACAUUAUUAUUAACAACAGCAACAGCAACAACAACAAGAGGCAGCAGAAGCAACCGCAGCAGCAGCGUCGCCGUUAAGUGAGUGGGCGUCAGUUGGUGGCUGGCAAGGACAGCGGCGAAAGCGACAAGCGACGUUGACGUCUCUGUCUCUGUCUCUGUCUCUGUCAUCGUCUCUGCCUUCAUCUGCGUCUCCGUCGCACGGCGCGCGGCAACAUUGGCGAAUCAAUUUCCGUUGCGGUGGCCGUUUCAGUUUUGGUUUCAACGUCGCAAGCGCCACGCGUGUCGCGAAUCCCUAAUGGCGCUGCUCCUCGUCGUCGGUGACUGUAGAGCAAAUUAACGCCAGAUCAAGAGAAGCCAAGGCCGAGACCAUUAACGAGACUGUGGCCAAGACCCUGUCGAGUUCAAGCAGUUAGGCAAAGCCAAAAAUAAACAAAAAAGAAAAACAAAAAACAGCCACUAAAAGUGCGGGCAAAAAAGUUAAGAAAAGCGAGUGUUGCAAGUUCUAGUGUCCGUGAACAAGUGAAAGUCGACUCAAGUGGCAAGCAUGCAGUGUGUGGAGCUCAGUCGGCUGCCCGCGUUGCCAACCGCAGCGGCAACGACAACAAUGCGGCACAGAACCAGUGCCACAAGGAUACGCAAAAGACUUUGCCGCCGCUGCACCCCAUGGACAGAGUCGGAAACAGGAUUAGAGUCACCAACAGAAUCAGGAUCAGGAUCAGCAUCUGGCACAGAGUCACAAUCAAGAGCUGGAACAACGGGAAGACGUACAAUUACUGCAACGACAAGCAAUUCCAGCAAUCUCAAUCUGACGCUAAUCGGCACGGCAGCAACACUUGCCACAGCGGCCAUGUUGCAUACAGCGAAUGCGCUGAAUGCCACAUCGAGUGUUGCACAGCCGCUGCACGGCACUGCCACGCCCACGCCCAUGCCCGCCACACACGAACUAAAUGCGACGCUGCUGAGCAGCAAUAAUAGUCGAGCACAGCUGGAUGCAAAAGUCGUUGAGGAUUGGUUCGAUGAUGUCCUGUGGGUGCUAAAGGCAUUCGUCAUGCUGUUCAUCAUGAUUGCGGCCAUUUGUGGCAAUCUGCUUGUUAUUAUUUCUGUGAUGCGUGUUAGAAAAUUAAGAGUUAUAACGAAUUACUUUGUAGUUUCCUUAGCCAUGGCUGAUAUAAUGGUCGCUAUUAUGGCCAUGACAUUUAACUUUAGUGUGCAAGUAACUGGGCGUUGGAACUUUAGCCAGUUUUUGUGCGAUAUGUGGAACAGUUUUGAUGUGUACUUCUCAACAGCGAGCAUUUUGCAUUUAUGCUGCAUAUCUGUGGAUAGAUAUUAUGCGAUUGUAAAGCCACUUAAGUAUCCGAUUUGUAUGACAAAACGUGUGGUUGGCAUAAUGCUGGUAAACAUCUGGAUACCGCCGGCCUUUCUCUCGUUUCUGCCCAUAUUCAUGGGCUGGUAUACGACCGAUGAGCAUGAACAGGACGUGCUAAAUAAUCCGGACAUGUGCAACUUUCAGGUGAACAAGUACUAUGCCGUCUUAUCGAGCUCAAUUUCGUUCUGGAUACCCUGCACCAUCAUGAUAUUCACCUAUCUGGCCAUUUUCCGCGAGGCCAAUCGACAGGAGAAGCAGCUGAUGAUGCGCCAUGGAAAUGCCAUGUUGAUGCAUCGACCCUCGAUGCAGCCAUCAGGCGAGGCACUGAGUGGCUCGGGCUCAUCGAAAACGUUGACAAUGCAUGAGGUCGAGCAGGAGCAUACCCCGACAAAGGACAAACAUUUAAUCAAAAUGAAGCGGGAGCACAAGGCCGCACGUACUUUGGGCAUCAUUAUGGGCACCUUUAUACUCUGCUGGCUGCCAUUCUUUCUGUGGUAUACUCUUUCCAUGACCUGCGGUCCGUGUCAGGUGCCAGAUAUUGUGGUCUCGAUACUCUUCUGGAUUGGCUACUUCAACUCGACACUUAAUCCGUUGAUCUACGCAUACUUUAAUCGCGAUUUCCGUGAAGCGUUCCGCAAUACAUUGCUGUGCUUGUUCUGCAAUUGGUGGAAGGAUCGUCACAUGCCUCUCGACAUUGACAUACGCCGCUCGAGUCUGCGCUACGAUCAGCGGGCCAAGAGCGUCUACUCGGAGAGCUAUCUCAACUCGACAACUCCAUCGCAUCGCCGGCAGUCGCAGCUGCCGGAGAACUUAUAAUACAGGGACGAGGCGCUGCUGACGCCCAUUGCUCAGCAGCAGCAGAGAUUGGCAGCUGGCGGCUAUGGUGCCUCCGGUGCUGGUGCCGGCGUUGGAGCCGGACUUGGAGCCGGAAGCGGGUCCGGUGCCGGUGCCGGUGCCAGGAUAGGCGCCUCAGCCAAGCCGAACAUGGGAAACCUAUCUGCCGACGAUGUGCAGGAGAUACAAAUCGAAAUACCCAUGGAGUAUAUCAACAAAUGGAACAAGAAUAAUAAUGCAGCAUCAGCCACGGCCUCCAGUCAUGUGUAAGAGACUCAGCUGAUGGCAAUGACAAUGAAUUCAGAGAAUGCCUGAAACUUGCGUCAAACGAAUAAAUGCAAUUACAAUUUUCCAUUAA